AUGAGUUCCCUGACCUCUGACCUUAACCUGACAGAGAACAUCACGACCAUAAUCCGACCCUCUUACUUCUACAUCAGUGGAUUCACAGGGAUCCCCAACAUGAAAUACUACUAUGUCUUCCUCUGUUUUGUAUACAUCAUCUCUCUGGUGGGCAAUAUCUUCAUUAUGAUUGUUAUCUGCAUGGACAGCAGUCUCCAAAGCCCGAAGUACAUCGCUGUCUUCAACCUGGCCUUCACAGACUUGUGUGAGAGCACGGCUCUGGUCCCUAAGCUCCUGGAUAUGUUCCUGUUCAGUAGACAGUUCAUCUCCUACGACGAAUGCCUCUCGAAUCUAUUCUUUGUCUUCCUCUUCCUCACCAUGCAGUCCUUCAACCUCAUCAUCCUCUCCUAUGACAGACUGGUGGCCAUCUGCUUUCCACUCAGGUACCACACAUUAGUGAAUCACAGGUCCAUGUUUCAGCUGACCGGUGCUGCCUGGGCGUUGGCUGUGUUAAUUAUUUUGAUCCCUGUUGGAUUCAUUACACGCCUCUCCUUCUGUGGGUCUCUGGUGAUCAACAGCUACUUCUGUGACCAUUAUCCUCUGUACAGUCUGGCAGCCCCCUGUUCUGAUGUGCUCCCUAACGACGUGAUGUCAUACCUCAACCUUUUUAUAGUCCUUUAUAUCCCCAUUAUCUUCAUCAUAGCAUCUUACAUCUGUAUCAUCCAUGCCCUGUUCACCAUCACACUUCCCAAGGACAGACACCGAGCCAUAAAGACAUGCACCUCACACCUGAUUCUAGUGGCCGUAUUCUACCUUCCAGUUAAUAUCAUCUACAUCUUCUCCUUUUUACCCACCAACAUACGGAUAAUCAACUACUCCCUGACCUCAGUACUGCCUCCCAUGCUGAACCCCAUCAUAUAUGUUCUGAAGACAGAGGAGUUCAAAGUAUCAGCUAAGAAGCUGGUCAGGAAUGGAGCCCAGAGAGCUGUGGGGCCAGUCAAAUCAACAUAA